AGAGAGUGAAAGUGAAGCGCAAGGAGUGAGGGAGACGAGACUGUGGCGGCGGCUGUGGUUGACCGGGGCUCGCAGAGGGGGCGAGGCGGCCGCCCCUGUAUGCGUCUUCAACCGCGCAUGGACGACCACCUCAGCCUCCUUCAAUCACCGCCGCCGAGCACGACCAAAACCCGGGGCGACAAUCUGGUGAACCACGGAUACACCGAGACAGAGGCCGACGUGAUGACGGUGGUGGCGUGUGACAACAUGCUGGAAGAGUCGGCGGCUCUCCCGGGCCACCUCUCUCUGGACCGAUAUGAACCGGAUCACGAAUGCUGCGAGAGGGUGGUCAUCAACAUCUCCGGGCUGCGCUUCGAGACGCAGCUCAAAACCCUCUCCCAGUUUCCAGAGACGCUUCUGGGUGACCCCAAGAAGAGGAUGAGGUACUUUGAUCCCCUCAGGAACGAGUACUUUUUCGACAGGAACCGACCAAGCUUUGACGCCAUCCUCUAUUACUAUCAGUCAGGAGGGCGCAUCAGAAGACCCGUAAAUGUCCCCAUUGACAUUUUCUCAGAGGAGAUCCGCUUCUAUGAGCUGGGUGAGGAGGCUAUGGAGAAGUUCAGAGAGGAUGAGGGCUUCAUAAAGGAGGAGGAGCGGCCCCUGCCAGAGAAUGAGUUUCAGAGACAGGUGUGGCUGCUUUUUGAGUACCCGGAGAGCUCGGGUCCCGCGCGGGGCAUCGCGAUAGUGUCUGUGCUGGUCAUUCUCAUCUCCAUUGUCAUCUUCUGCUUAGAGACACUGCCUGAGUUCAGGGACGAGAACAGGGACCCCAUAACCACUGCGCCUGUGAUAAAUGGCACGCUCCCGUAUUUCAUCACCCCCUUCUCAGACCCGUUCUUUGUGGUGGAGACUUUAUGCAUCAUCUGGUUUUCCUUUGAGCUUCUCGUGCGUUUUUUCGCGUGCCCGAGCAAAGCCACGUUUUCCAAAAACAUCAUGAACAUUAUUGACAUUGUGGCCAUCAUCCCUUACUUCAUCACGCUGGGCACAGAGCUGGCAGAGAGGCAGGGGAACGGACAGCAGGCUAUGUCAUUGGCCAUCCUGCGCGUAAUUCGGCUGGUUAGGGUGUUUCGUAUUUUUAAACUUUCACGCCACUCAAAGGGGCUGCAGAUUUUAGGACAGACUCUGAAGGCCAGCAUGCGUGAGCUGGGCCUGCUUAUUUUCUUUUUGUUCAUCGGUGUCAUCCUCUUCUCCAGCGCUGUCUAUUUUGCUGAAGCAGACGACCCAGAUUCGGGUUUCAACAGCAUCCCGGAUGCAUUCUGGUGGGCUGUGGUUACCAUGACAACAGUAGGCUACGGGGACAUGCACCCCGUGACAAUCGGGGGGAAGAUUGUGGGGUCUCUGUGCGCCAUCGCUGGCGUGCUGACCAUCGCUUUACCCGUACCUGUCAUCGUCUCCAACUUUAACUAUUUCUACCACCGAGAGACAGAGGGCGAGGAGCAGGCUCAGUACCUGCACGUGGGCAGCUGUCAGCCCCUCGCAGACACAGAGGAGUUGAGGAAAACUCGCUCCUCUUCCUCCCUGAGUAAGAGCGAGUACAUGGUGAUAGAGGAGCACGGAAUCAACAGCGCGUUCAAGCAGCAGCCUAACUUCCCCACCACGGCGAACACGCACAACACGCAGCAAAACAACUCCCCGAACUGUGUGAACAUAAACAAAAAGAUCUUCACAGACGUGUAGCCCAGAAACAGUCAUGACCAUGAACACAGGAAGAGGUGAUGCGUCCACGCACGGGUGUUGCGCACGAGCGUGUGGAAGCAGCAGAUGAAGAAAGAGAGCAAUCCCUGUGUUGUCAGAUCAGAGAUGCUGCUCCAUUCAAAGAAAAAGGGAUUUUUCAUUUCAGUAUCAUUCUGUGUGGUUCCAUUCGCGCUUGGAGAGACAGAGAGAGAGAGACAGAGAGAGAGAGAGAGAGAGGCAAUCGACCUGUUGUGUACUGUGCAAUAGCCGAAACAUGAGCACAACAGGUAGAAAUAAAAGCUUUAUAACUGUGAAAGUAGAGUAGGCUACAUAUGUAAGGACGCUCACAUUGUAUUAACAUGAAUCGUGAUCCGUCAGUCAUAAGCUGUGUAUAAUAUUCAGAAUCAUUUUAAUAGCCUGUGUGUGUGUGUCUGCAAACACAGUUCUGCAUAUUAUUCAAUUAGACCGUUCUGUGCUCUGCCUUUACUGUGCGUUAAAGUCAAAAUGCUUGUUUUUGCAAAAAAUAAUCCCCCGUAAUUCCUUUCCUCCUGCGCUUUCAAACGGCAGCAAGAGCCAGCCGACCGUCAGCGUCUCAUUAUCGGUGCGAGACGCACGUUAAAGGAGGAGAAGCGCGGCGCUCUUUCACGCGAUCAAAGAUGGCGCGUGCCUCCCUUUGGAUGCCUCAAAUAUAGCCCGCUGUGAUGCAGUCUCCAUGGUGACGGUCGUUUCCUCGGUAACCCCGGUCACCGUUACCAUGGCAUCCUUGUUUCCACAGUAACCCCCCAGAUGGCUUGGAAGCUGUUUUGAAGUUUCUUAUCUUAAAAACAAAUCUUCAGGCUGCCGCGUGCGUAAAAUACCCGCUGACUCCAGCAUGGACGCCAGUCAGUCUGACGUGUGGUUAUAACACAACAAUGUAUGCCCCUUAGAAAUCAAACAAGCCAUAUUUAAUCCGGAAGGGGUGAACGGAGAGAAGAGAGAAAUUAUGAAUGGACUGGGAGCACGUUGUGUCUGGCUGUCUGGAGUGCACUACUGCGGGCGGCCGGAAGAGGUCGCCGUUCUCCCACUGAUGAAACGGGCAUAAGUUGUUCCAAUUUUGUGCGCAGACCUCCUGGAACACCUGAUGACCCUAAUUCGACUGCCUCCCAUUUAGGGAGGCAUUGACUCUGGUCUUCCUGUUGGGCCUGUCGGGCUGAAGUAAAGAGUAGAGACAGAACUCCUUCUGGAUCAGCUUCUUUUUCCCCUCUACUGUCAAGUUUCCUCAAGCAGGACUUCUAACAAGUGGUGCCAAGCAGGUCACCCCCUCCAGUGGAUCGCCACCCAAUCUAAAAUGCAAGGAAAAAAGUGCAGUAUUAUACUGUUUGAUUUUCCACGUACAGUUUUGUAGCUCCGUGUGAUUCAUGCAGAGAAAGAACUCACCUGGAGUUGUGUUACAACUCUGCAUUCUGCUUUCUAUAUAAAAAAAUCUAAAGGACAGUUUCAGGAACAGCCAGCAAUCUUGCAAAGCACAUUUCCCCUACUGGACUUUCAUGGAUUUAUAUGGCUUGCAUUUCCAGGUAAUGAAUUCUCUACGGACAACAACAGACAGCUUUUACUGCAAGUCAAAAGAAACAAAAAAGCUGAGGCCAACGCAAUUUACUGAGAUGAAACUGUGACAAAAAUCAAAGACUGUUAGCCAUAUGCCUUUCUUAGCUCUGUGUGCUCUGUGUUGCAAAUAUGUGAAGCACACAUAUGUGUGCUGGUUGCAGCUGUUCCCCCAACCAAGAACAAUUACAAAGGCAUGCACACACACACAAACACACAUGCACACAUGCAUACACAUGUCUGUGAACGGCUGUCUUUUAUCCCAGAGUGCACUGGUGUUUUUUUGGAGCAGGGUAUUUUUUAGGGGAUGGCUGUGUAUACCAGUAUUUGUUCUGUGUAAUUCUGUGCUGUCUCUAA